AUGUUGGAAUGCUCAUUUGAAGAUUAUUCACAAGUGGAAUUUGUAAAUUUGUUCCCGGAUGAACAGGAUGACUCUUCAAACGGGAGUAAUGUGGAGCGAUCCUCCGAGGAGGUAUUCAUACCUAGUUGGGUAGAAUUCACUCCACAAGUUGACAUAAAUUUAUCCACCGGUCCCUCUAGCCAUAUUUCACAACCGGAUUCACCCCAUUCGGUAGAACAAGAAAAUCAGUCCGAGCGAAAACAACCAGCUCCGGUUUCAUCAGAAUGA